UGCUUCCUUUUCCUCAUUUUGUCAUUCCUUGAGUUGAGAGCAAACUAAGUGUUUUCAGACCAAGAGGACGACACAAGAAAAUAACUGCUAUUACUUUAAACCUUGAAUACCUGCGUUUGUUUUUUCCUGUUGAACGGGAAGCAAAAAACCCGUUGAGGUUAUCAAAUGGAAACUAUGAACGGUUAAUGAAGCAUGGUGGCUUGCGAGGACACCUUUUGUCUGCUUUUGAUAGACCUCUGACUUCAUUGGUGAGUUUUGUUUGGGAUUUUUGCCAGAUCAACAGAGACUGUUGUUCAAGCAGCAUCCGUAUCUCAGAGAUGUUCUGAUUUAGGCUGUUGGAUUAAAAGUGAAGAAGGCAACAUUGGCUUAUACGGCAGCGAUGCUAAAGUGACGCCAACAUUAUAUCUAGAAGUUUAAAGUUCUGUAUCCCUCCAUUGGCAAACUCUACUGAAGAUAAUUUACAGCAACGCUGACCAUGAAGGCGGAGAGUUUAUUACUGGCAUUGCAAUGUCUGUUGGGACUUGUGCAAUACAGCAGAGCGCUGUCAACAUGCAAUCCUUUAGACCUGGAACUGAUCAAGAGAAAGCGCAUCGAAGCCAUUCGUGGACAGAUUCUCAGCAAACUACGACUGCCCAAGGAACCAGAAGUAGAAGAGAAGGAGUUGAUUGAAAACAUCCCAGCAGAACUGAUCUCAGUGUACAACAGCACCAUGGAGCUCAAUGAGGAGCAGGCAGCGAACCCGGUUCAGCACACCAUAGAAGAUCCCAAAGAGGAGGAAUACUAUGCUAAAGAGAUUCACAAGUUCACAAUGAUGGAGGAAAAACCAGAAAAGUACUUAGUGUUCAACAUCACAGAUAUAAAGCACAAACUGGGUGCAAACCACGUGCUCUACCAGGCUGAGUUUCGACUGCGCAUCAAGGAACCUAAAAUGGGGGAUUCAGAGCAGAGACUGGAGCUGUACCAGAUCACUGGGAACAAAUCACGCUACCUGAACUCACGCUUCAUUUCCCUUCAAACGGCUGGCAAGUGGGUGUCGUUUGAUGUGACGUCCACCCUGAAAGACUGGUUGCAGAUGUCUGAGGAGAAGCAGGAAUUUCAGCUGCAGCUGGCCUGUAGCUGCAAGCCCGAGUCUCAGAACACUGAAUUUUUAUUUAAAAUAGCAGGUUUGUCCCGCAAUAGAGGUGAUACAGCCCUUUUAGCAGACCAAGUGGCAAAGCCUUACAUUUUGGUGAUGUCACAUCCUGCUGAUGGCCACAGCCCAGCAAAACCUCGCAGAAAACGGGAAACAGAUGCUGUUUGUUCAGAAAAGUCUGAGGGUUGCUGUGUAAGGAGUCUGUACAUUGACUUCCGCAAAGACCUGGGCUGGAAGUGGAUUCAUGAACCUUCGGGUUACUAUGCCAAUUAUUGCACUGGCUCUUGCUCCUAUGUCUGGACAUCAGAAAAUAAGUACUCGCAGGUUCUUGCACUAUAUAGGCAUCAUAAUCCUGGUGCCUCUGCUCAGCCCUGCUGUGUACCUCAGGUUCUAGACCCACUGCCCAUCAUUUACUAUGUGGGGAGACAACAUAAGGUGGAACAGUUGUCAAAUAUGAUUGUGAAAACCUGCAAGUGUUGCUGAAAGCAUCAUUUCCGUUUGGUCUUGAUGAGCAAAAUCAAGAGAGAAACAAUUCUGAGGGGCUGGAGACCCAGUACUUUCUGAAGGGGAUUGUUCAUGUUUUAUUUCUAUUUUUGGCAACUUGUUCUUAUCAUUUGACUUGACUCUACUGUAUCACACUUGUAAUGAUAGAUGCUUUUUUAACCUGUUGUACAUCUAUUUAGUCAUAAAACUGUACUAUAUGUUGGCAUUAAAGUGAUUAUAUUCAUUGUUUGAUAUAAAGAUGCCAAAUUUCGUUAGUAUUAUUAUUAUAUUUAGUAUUUUUAUACUAUUAUUCAGUACAUAAACCAAAUUGAGACAUUUCAGGUUUAGAUUUUUAAAAAAGGUAUUAAGAUUAAACAUAUUUUUGGAGGAAAUAAAUAAAAUAAAUGAUCAGUUAAACUUUUUGGCUUGUGUUUACUGUACAGAAUUGGAAUAAUGUUUCUCUGAGCUCUGUAUUUCCAGGUGAACAAUAAGUAGCUCUGACUCAUUGUUUUGUUAUCAGUUCUCAAAUGAUGUUGAUAUAUGCUGUUUGCAGCCAAAUAACUUCCUUGUGCUUGCAAAUAAUUUCUUUUUAAUAAUGUAAAUUUUAUUUGUUGUUGUUCUGUACAGUUACCCCUUCUUAAUGUCUUAACCUUUUAGCCCCGCCAAAUAGCACUGUUGCUUCAAUUUAGUUUGAAAGUCAGGACUCUGUUGGUGUAAUUUUAUUGCUGUAUGACCCUUGAAUGUUUUUAAUGUAUAGCCUACUGUUGAGCUGUUUUCCCAGUGUCCACGUUUGUUACAGGUGUUCAGGAAAGACAAUUUCCUGCCUGCUGUUUUGUUGUACUUUCUGAGCUGGCGAGGCUUUUGUUGUUUAAUUUAAUAAAGGAAGUGAAUUAAAA